GCUACGGAUCAGUUGUAACUUGUAAACUGUACUUUGUAAUGGUUAAGUCAAAAUAUUUUCCCGUAAGUUUUUACAACUAAGGAAUUAAUUUAAAAUGUUGUCAAACAAGCAAUUAGUUAUAGGAUGUUCUAUAGCAUUCCUCAGUAAUAUUGCCUUAUUAGCGUUAUUCGUGAAAUAUAAUAUAGGAGAGAAAUUUUACAUUACCAUUAACCAUCAAGAUAUUACAGUGAUUUUGCCAGAAAGUUACCUGAGCAUAGGAAUAGACGCCUCUGAAAUUCAAGAUUUCAAUAAAAUUGAUUUCUCAAAUGAGAGACUUCUUAAUCUUGCUGCAGCUCUUUCACCAGCAAGACUUCGCCUCGGAGGUACAAUGUCAGACCGCUUAAUCUUUAGUCCUAAUGACUUACCUUCAGUUUCUUGUGAUCAUUGCCCACAGACUGCUGUAAAGUCAUUUUGUUCUAGCCUUAAAAAAUUGUGCAGGCAUAAAUUCUUACCAUUUUUUAUAAUGACUGGAACAAAAUGGAUUGAAAUAAACAAUUUCUGUUUACGAAGUAAUCUUAAAUUGAUGUUUCCUUUAAAUGUUCUUCUUCGAGAUGAACAUGAGUGGAGUCAACAAAAUGCCAUAGAAAUUAUAAAAUUUUCAAAAUCAAACAACUAUGAAAUAGAUUGGCAACUAGGCAAUGAACCAAACUCAUUUCGUCACGUUUUUAAUAAAACGAUAUCUCCUCAUGCGUUAGCCCAAGACUAUAAAAGGCUUCGAAAACUUCUCAACCAGUCGGGAUAUAAACACUCCUUGCUUGUUGGCCCAGAUACAACACGGCCCCAAGAUCAUCAACCAAACUGUCUUAAAUAUAUGGUGGACUUCUUAGGAAAUGCUUCGCAUUAUAUAAAUAUUCGAUCAUGGCAUCAGUAUUACCUUAAUAGUAGAACAGCUAAGCUAGAAGACUUUUGGACACCUGAUACUUUGGAAUUAUUAGAUAAUCAGAUACAAACUAUGAAAAACAAUACACAAACAUAUCACAAUAUUCCAAUGUGGCUUACAGAAACUAGUAGUUCAUAUGGUGGUGGAGCACCAGGACUUUCAAAUUCCUUUGCUGGUACUCCAUUGUGGUUAGAUAAACUUGGGCUUGCAGCUAAAAAUAACAUUACAACAGUAGUGAGACAAAGUUUCUUAGGUGGUAAUUAUAGCCUUAUUGAUAAAAACCUGACACCCUUGCCAGAUUGGUGGUUGAGUGUUUUGUAUAAAAAACUUGUUGGUAAUAAAGUGUUAAACUUAACAAGCAAGAGUUCUAAAUUUCAAAGACUGUAUGUACACUGUGCAAAUAGAAACUAUACAAAUGACACAACAGCCAUAACAUUAUAUGGUAUAAAUUUACAAAUGGAGAAAAUUAGAUUCCUAGUCAAUGGAACAGCUUUUACCGAAGAUGAUUUAGUUAUUGAUGAAUAUAUUGUAAGUGCUCCAUCAAAUAAUAGAAGAAGUAAAACGAUUCUCUUAAAUGGGUGGCCUCUGUAUUAUGAGUCAUCAAUGCCGGAAUUUAAACCAAUUGAGCACAUGCACACUAAACAUAUUUCAAUGCCCCCAUAUUCAGUCGGGUUUUGGGUAAUAAAGAACACUACCAUCAAAAAUUGCACAUAAUCAAAACAUUAUUACCAAAAAACCAAUUUUAAAAACUCAAAGGAGGAGGUAAUUCAUACAAAAUAUAUUUUUUUGUUUAGUAAGCAGUCCAGGAAUGCAUCAAUGCAUUUGUAUAUGUUUUUAUAAGUAUACAAAUUUUAUUCCUUCUUCUGUUCCUUUCCAGUUUUUCAAUUGCAUAUUGAAUAGCUUUAAUUUAUAUAAAAAUAGUCAAUUUGUAGAUAGAAUCUGUCAUUUAUACAAUUUCCUGUGAUUUUACUUGAGAUCUUUUAGUAUUUUGGGUUGUGUAUAUCUUGUUUGUGUAUAAAAAAUGUUCUGUCUGGCAAUGUCUGUAAAUGACCCUCUGAAAGCAGACACUAGUAAAUAUAAUAAACAAUAUAUAUAAGUAUAAUUAUAAACUAUUUUUUUAAGUUUUUACACUUUUCCAUAAGUCUAAUGUUUUAAGAAGCCUUAAGAAAUGUUACAUAAUUUGUUAGUGUAUGUUUUAUAUAUAUGAUUAUUCUUCUAAUAAGAAUAAACAUGUGUGUUGAUUUAUAUACAAUUUUGGGUGCAAACAUGGAAGCAUGUUAUACUAUCUCAGGUCUAAGUGAUACAAUACUAAGUAGGUAAUAAUUGUAAUUUUUAACAAACUCUUUAUUUGAAGGUAGCCUGCAUUAGGCCAGGCCAUUAUUUGUUGUGGUUUUAGGAGAAAAUGUAGUAUUAUGUGAACAGCAGAUUUGCAAAUUAAUUUUUGUGAAACUAUUUUAAGCAACAGAUAAUAUAUUCAUGGAAAAUAGUAUUUAUUUACAUAAACACAAACAUAUAUCAACUGGCCUUAUAUUCAUUCAUUUAGCAUUGAACCACAUUAAGGUUGUUUGAUAAGUUGUUCUCUAAAUCAAUAUCAAUUACUUAUUAAUAUUGCACAUUUUCUGUAUAUAAUAAAUCUAAUGAUUUA